AUGAUUCUUCUCAUAUUAUUUUCAAUUUUUGUAUACACCAAUGAAAAAUCGAUCUCAAACCUUCAUGAAGCUGAUGAUAAAGCAAAACCUUCCGAUUCAUUGAAGAAUGAUGCAUUUGACGAUUUUGAGGUAAUCCCUGCCGAUUACGUAUGCGAAUUUUGUUUGGGAGUUAUCAAGAAGUUAAAAGAACGGCAAAGCACAGAACCAGAUUUUGAACAGAAUAUGAAAGAGGAAUGUUGGAAACACAAUGGGACCGAUUGCGAUGAUGGUAAUGUAUGCGAGUUAAUCAAUAAAGUUGCCCUUGAUCGACUCCGUAAUGAUGAACCCGAGAAAAUCUGCAUUGACGAGAAAAUCUGUCCAGACAAGAACAAGGAAAUUAAAGAACAGCAGGAAAAGGAGCGUAAAGAAAAGGAACAAGAAGCAAAUCGAAAACACGAGGAAGAGGAAAGGAAAAAAGCGGAAGAAAUUGAAAAGCUUAAAACCGAGGUACCACCGCGUGCUUAG